AAAAAGGAAGAGAAAACAAAAAAUGGCAGACACAGGCAAAGGAAGUGCAAGCGCUAGCUGCAACGAUCGUUGUGGCUGCCCUUCUCCAUGUCCCGGUGGCGAAUCUUGCAGGUGCAAGAUGAUGAGCGAAGCAUCUGGUGGGGAUCAAGAGCACAACACGUGUCCAUGUGGGGAGCACUGUGGCUGUAACCCUUGCAACUGCCCCAAGACUCAAACUCAAACCUCUGCUAAGGGUUGCACUUGUGGUGAGGGCUGCACCUGUGCCACUUGCGCUGCUUAGACAUCCUUAACUAUGGUUAUACCAUACUUGUAUAAUAGGUACUACUAGCUAGUCGAUCUGAAAUAAAGCUGCACAACAAAAUAUAUGUAUCGUAUGCUCUGCUUCUUGUGUUUCCUUUUUAUGAAUCACCGAGAGUUUGUAAAUCCUUAUAACUUCAAGCCUUCAAGGUCUUGCACCAAUACAAUCCACUAUGUAUAGAACAAUUCUCUUUUUUUUUUUACUCUAUUCUAGAGUAAAAUAUAGAAUAAGAUUAGAGAGAAUAUUACUCUAUAAUAAAGUUUAGAGGAAAAAAUAGAGUUGUAGAUAUAUACUUUU